AUGUCGAACCCCUUGGAUACAGAUGCAGGCUCGGAAAUGUUCGCCAGCUAUGAGAACGAGCUGAAGCUCGUCCAGGCGGACCUCAGUCAGAAGCUGGAUCAGAUCGCCGAGGCAAGCGGCGAGCAGCGCAAGUCUGCAAUCCGACAAGCGGAGCAGGUCCUCGACGAGGCCACAGAAUUGCUCGAUCAAAUGCGCCUGGAAAAGCAGAACAUCCCCUCCGCCUCGCGAUCCAAGGUCAACAUUCGCUUCCGCAAUUACUCCACUGAUAUCGACGAGACCAAGCGCAAGCUCAAGUCUCUUUCAGACGAUCGCAAAGCUCUCUUUGGCGAUCGCUACACCGAUGAGCCCGUUGACGAACACCUCGAACAGCGCCAGCAACUGUUGUCGGGCACCGAGCGCCUCGAGCGCAGUUCCGCCCGUAUCCAAGGUGCCCAACGAACCGCAUUAGAGACAGAGGAUAUCGGGCGGGGUGUUCUGGCCGAUCUGCAUCAACAGGGCGAGACGCUGCGGCACACUCGUGCGACACUUCAAGGGAGUGAGGGGAUGGCUACGAAUCGGAUAAUCACGAUUGCGAUUAUCACCGUCCUUGUUCUAUUGAUUUUCGCGGUCAUUUUUAGCAAGUUCCACUAG